AUGGCGCCUGUUGUCUCCCCCUUCCUCGACCCGGGGACACACUCUGCGGCGCACGGCCUGGGGAUGGUCCAGUUGCGGCGCGACCACCUCAUCCCCGUUGUGCUCGCACCGAACGGCGACUCGGACUACGCAGAGGGAAAGGUCGAGAACACGCGCUUCGGGUCGUUCCCGCACAGCACGCUCGUCGACCAGCCGUGGGGCACGCAAGUGCUCGCAUCCGUCGUCGACACGGGCUCACGCGGGCGAACAAAGAAGCGCAAGAGAGAUGGCGGAGACGAGACACCGACCACGGACGCGCCCGAGACGAAGACGAAGACGAAUACGGAGACGAAGACGAAGAUGAAUACGGAGACGAAGACGAAGAUGAAUACGGAGACGAAGACGAAUACGAAGACGAAUACGAAGACGAACAAGGACGUGGUCAAGGCCGCGACGGCAAGCAGCGGAUUCGCGCACCUGAUCCCCCCGACGCCCGAGACGUGGACGCUCUCGCUCCCGCACCGCACGCAGGUCGUCUACACGCCCGACUACAGCUACAUCCUGCAGCGCCUGCGCGUGCGUCCGGGCGACCACCUGAUCGAAGCCGGCGCCGGCAGCGGCUCCUUCACUCAUGCGGCGGCGCGCUGCGUCUACAACGGUGCGCCGGGCAUGGAUGUCGCCAACGCAGUUGAUGGAGUUGAUGGAGUUGAUGGAGUUGAUGGAGUUGAUGCAGUUGAUGCAACGCCCACACGCACCCGCCGCGGCGGCGUGUACUCGUUCGAAUACCACGAGCCGCGCGCGCAGCAGCUCGCCCUCGAGCUUGCCGAGCACGGCCUCGACCCCGUCGUCACCGUCACGCAUCGCGACGUGUACGGGACCGGCUUCGGUCUGGCCGACGGCACGAGCCCAGACGCCGACGCCGUGUUCCUCGACCUGCCCGCGCCCUGGCAAGCGCUGCCACAUCUCACGCGCACCACGACAUCGUCGCCCCUCAACCCGCGAAAAGCAGUGCGCAUCUGCACCUUCUCGCCCUGCAUCGAGCAGGUCACCAAGACCGUCGCCGCCCUGCGCGCCCACGGCUGGCUCGAGAUCGACAUGGUCGAGAUGCAAGCCAAGCGGCUCGAGGUGCGGCGCGAGCGCACAGGCCUGGCCGAGGAAGGACUACGGGGGGGCAACGCGAGCGCGGCCAGUGUCGCCGAGGCCGUGCAGCGCCUGCGCGACGUCGAGGGCCGCGCUGCCGUGUUCCAUGGCCUGCAGCGCGCGAAGCAGGAGGACCUUUUGCGGCGCGCUGAGGCGCGGAAGCGCGGGCUGGACGCCGACGGGGGGGGUGCAGACGCAGAUGCGGAUGCCGUGCGCGGGUACAACGCCCAGGGCCUGCCGCCGAGCAGACACGAUCGUCUGGACCGCGUGAAGCGGGAGGCGGCGACGCGGCCGCUGUUCAAGGAGGGCCGGCUGGUGCACAGGACCGAGCCGGAUCUGAAGACGCACACGUCGUAUCUCGUCUUCGCCGUGCUGCCGCGGCAGUGGACGGCCGACGACGAGGCGAGGGCGCGUAGGAAGUACGGCGCGGGGGUGCGGUAG